AUGAAAGCAAGUUUAAAGAGGUCGAGGAAAAUCAAAAGUCUAGAAACAUCCAAUUGGACAACUGCUAUGGAUGAAGUUUUGCUUGAUUCAUAUUUGCAUCAGCAAACAUUGGGAAAUAAAAAUGGUAAUAGUAUGACAACAAGCGCUAUGGAUAGCAUUCUUAAAGAAUUGAAGACUCACUUUCCGGACAAACCAAUUUCCAAAGAAAAAAAUAAAAGAUCACAUGAAACACAUCAAAACAAAGUUCAAUUCUUGUUAUGA